GAAAGAAUCAAUCAAAAUUUUAAUAAAUUAAAAAAAAAAAAUUAAUUAUCAAAUCUAAAAUAUUUAGUAAUAGUAUUUAUUAUUUUCUUUAUUGGUCAUAUAUCAUAGAUUCUUCUGAAGUCAGAAAAUAGUUUGAAUAAGAACUCAAUUUUUACAAAAAUUUUAGCUAUCAAAUAAUAAUUAAGGAAGGAUUUAUACAUCUAUUUUUUAAAUACUAAUAAGAUUUAAAAUCUAUUACUUAGUUUAGUAGUGAUUAUAGCUUCAUUUUAAUCUAAAAAUACUUGGCAUAAUGAUUCUUUAUAUCAAAACUAUAGAUGAAAAAAUGAUUUACAUAGAGUGUGAAUGUACUGAUAAUGUGUAAAGAGUAAAGGAACUUGUUCAGAUUAAGCUUAAUAUGCCUAUAGAAAGACAAAGAAUUAUUUUUGCAGGUAAGUAGCUCGAAGACCAUAGAAUAUUAGCAGGAUAUGGAAUACAAAAGGAAUCUACUCUUUAUGUAGUAGAUAGAUAGUUAAAAGGAUGUUAGUAAAAAUGAAUAUUUUAAACAUAUGAAUAUUUACUCAAGUAAUUAAUAUUUCUAUAAAUCUUUAAUAAAAUGUGUAAAAAAUAGUUAAAUAAUAUAAAACAAAUUCAUU